CUCGUACGAGAUAAAAAAAAAAUUUAAUUACAAAUUAUUUCAUUUAAAAAUUGAUAUUCAAUCAAAGUAUAUUUAUAUUCAUCUUCAACAGUUGUUAUGUUUUGUAUUCAAUAAAGUGGAAAUUGUGAUAAUUUUCUCAAAUUAUGACGAUUUUGAUGAUCAAUUACUAAGCAAUUAUCAAAAGUGUUAAUAAUUUAAUGAAUUUUUUAUUUCAACAAUAUGUGGACUAUAAAAUGAUUUAUAAAGUGUUAAUAUUGUACUCCGAUUUAAUAAAUUAGCAAAUAUAUUUCUCUUUUAAAUUUUAUGGAAUUUUUCGUAAAAUAAAAUAAAAUAAUGGAAAGAGAGGUUCUACUUCCAUUGUCCGCUUGUUGCAAUUUAGGCCACCAAUCUCGUCGGAGAGACAGAGAAAAUUCCAUUGGAAAUGGUCAUAAUUCGGUGAAUGGUAUCAGCAACAAUUCAGGAAAUUUAUCGCGAGAAGAAAGAAGACGUCGUCGGAGAGCUACUCAAAAAUAUAGAACAGCACACGCAACAAGGGAACGAGUAAGAGUAGAGGCCUUUAAUCUUGCGUUUGCUGAACUCCGGAAACUAUUACCGACUUUGCCGCCGGAUAAAAAGCUUUCAAAAAUUGAAAUACUUCGAUUAGCAAUUUGCUACAUUGCAUAUCUGAAUCAUGUUCUAGAGGCAUGAUUGAACAAAUGAAGACUAUAUAUCAAAUCAUUUUUAUAAUAAAUGUCAAUAAUACAAAAAUUAUUUUUUAAAAAUCAUAACUUGAAAAAUGAAAUGUAUUUAAAAAUUUAUCAUAAAAAAUUUCAAAAUUUCAUGUAGUUUAGAAAAAUUUAUAAAGUGCAAUAUUAUAAAUAAUCCAACAUUAUA